AUUGAAUCCUCCCUCAUUACUUUCCUUUACACAAUCCCUCCUUCCCUUUUUCGCUUCUUUCUUGAAAACUCUUCACUUUUUUUUUUAGUGCACUCACUUUCCUUUAGAUAAAACUACCCUCUCGAUUAAUUUUUUUUCCCUUCUAUUCCCUUAUUAAGCAACAAUGAACAAACUCACUUCCGAAUUCGUCAACGACUACUCAUCUCCUUACACUAAUCUUGAAUGGAAUGAUCAAUCUACCAUGUAUCCUGGUUUCUGUAUGACGACACCACCUACUACUGCUAUCAUGUACGAUCCUGUUAUGGCUGCAGCUGUUCAUCCCUCUCCCCAUCAUCAUCAUCAUCAACCUUCAGCUUCACCUGUCAGCUAUCAUCAUCAUCAUCCUGGUAGUCCUGAUUCGUUCACGUCCAUUCCAACCACUCCUCCUAUCCAAAGCGCACUACAAGAACCUCCCGUUUUGGUCCAAUCCUCCUCCACCAGUACUCAAUCCUCCUUGAAUGAAACAAUCGCAAAGGCAUCCUCGUUACCUGAAGCCUUUUAUCCAGAAUUCUUACAAUAUUCAAAAGAAUCUUACGAACAAUCUGCUGGGCGUCAUAAUCUCAACAACAAGAAAAGAAAAUCUCGUGAUAAUGAAGAUGAUCUUGUAUCAGAACCAAAAUCAAAGAAACAACAACGACAACAACCAUUAUUGGAUUCUCCUUCAAAUGAAAAUUCUGAUGAUACUGAUGAAAAUGGGUUAGCAACUACAGCGGAGAUGCGACGUCAAAUUCAUAUCCAAUCUGAACAGAAGCGCCGAGCUCAAAUCAAAGAUGGUUUUGAAGAAUUACGAUCGGAACUUCCUGCAUGUUUAAACAAAAAGAUGAGCAAAGUGGCUUUAUUACAUCGAACUGUCCAACAUAUUCAACAUUUGAAAAGCACCCAGACCACGAUCCUUGCUGAACUUGAACGACUUGUCCAUGAAAAUGAACAACUCCGGUCAUUUCAACAAACCAUCCUUCAAAAACAAGCAUUGGAAAACAUGUACUCUAUGAGUAAUAGCUUGUAAAUUUUGGUUAUGGAUCCUCUCUCUCUCUCUUUUUAUCAUCUUUCCUUUUUGGUUUACGUAUCUUUUUUCUUUCUUCUUUCUUCUUUUGAUUAUAUACUGACUGGAUUAUUGCUUCUUUUUUUUCA